AUGGCUGUUGGUCCUGUCCCGCAAAGUAACGGCGCAUCCGCCUUGCCGCUGGUGCGCCAGCUGUCUAAAGACCAUGACCAUGUCUUGAAAUCAUUCCGUCUUCUCAUUUCCGACCUGUGUCAGCAGUUCGGUGGAGGCCACCCGGGUGGAGCAAUUGGCAUGGCGGCCAUAGGAGUCGCCCUCUGGCGAUAUGUUAUGCAAUACGCGCCACACUCCCCCGACUACUUCAACCGCGAUCGCUUCAUCCUGUCCAACGGUCAUACCUGUCUCUUCCAGUACGCCUUUUUGCAUCUCACCGGCUACAAAGCCAUGACUUUUGAGCAGCUAAAGUCCUAUCACUCCGACCGCGUCGAUGCAUUAUGUCCGGGGCACCCGGAAAUCGAACACGAGGGCAUUGAAGUCACCACAGGCCCCUUAGGUCAGGGCGUUGCCAAUGCUGUGGGUCUUGCUAUGGCCACGAAGAAUCUUGCGGCCAACUUUAACCGUCCUGGAUACGAUGUCAUAUCGAACCACACCUGGUGCAUGAUAGGAGAUGCGUGUCUGCAGGAAGGCGUCGGACUCGAGGCAAUCUCCUUUGCGGGUCAUCUCAAACUCAACAACCUGACCGUUAUCUACGACAAUAACCAAAUAACCUGCGAUGGCUCAGUCGACCUGACCAACACAGAGGACAUUAACGCUAAGAUGCGUGCCUGUGGCUGGGACGUCAUUGAUGUGGAAGAUGGUUGCUAUGAUGUCGAGGGGAUUGUUCAAGCUUUGGAGAAGGCCCGCGCAUCCCAAGAGAAGCCUACCUUUAUCAAUGUCCGGACCGUCAUCGGUUUAGGCAGUAAGGUGGAAGGCAUGGCUGCUGCCCAUGGUGCCGCAUUUGGUGCUCCAGACGUAGCAGAUAUGAAGAGGAAGUAUGGCUUCAACCCUGAUGAGCACUUUGUCAUCAGUGACACAGUCCGAGGAUUUUUCCAGGAGCUGCCUACUCGGGGAGAAGCUCUUGUUCAGCAGUGGAACUCUUUAGUGAAGCAAUAUAGCGCAGAAUAUCCUGAGCUUGGGGCGGAGUUCCAGAGACGCAUGCGCGGAGAGCUGCCUUCGAACUGGAAGGACCUUAUCCCUUCCAGCUUCCCUGACAAGCCCACGGCUACGAGAGCUUCGUCUGGUCUGGUCUUCAACCCUCUGGCCAAAGAUAUUGAAUCCUUCAUGGUCGGAACUGCUGAUCUGAGUCCGUCCGUGAACAUGAUCUGGCCGGGCAAAGUUGAUUUCCAGCACCCUGAUCUACGAACCACUUGCAAGAUCAACGGCAACUACUCUGGCCGAUAUAUCCACUUCGGAGUGCGUGAGCAUGCCAUGUGUGCCAUCUCGAACGGGUUGGCAGCGUUUGCUCCAAAUACAUUCAUCCCUAUCACCUCAUCCUUCUUCAUGUUCUACCUUUAUGCUGCCCCUGCCGUGCGCAUGGGUGCUCUUCAGCACCUUCAGGUCAUCCACGCUGCCACUCACGACUCAAUUGGCAUGGGAGAAGACGGUCCGACACACCAACCGAUAGAGCUGGCAGCGCUCUACCGUGCUAUGCCGAAUCUGUUGUAUAUUCGACCGGGAGACAGUGAGGAGACAGCAGGAGCCUGGAUUGCAGCCCUGGAGGCCAAGAAGUCGUCCAGCAUUAUCUCUACCUCCCGUCACGCUCUGCCCCAGUUGAAGCAGACUCGCCGGGAGGGAGUGGCUCUUGGCGCGUACGUGCUGGAAGAGGCUGAUGAUGCCUCAGUGACACUCAUUGGUGUCGGCGCAGAGCUCUCAUUUGCGCUUGAAGUAGCCCAGCAGCUGAAAGAGACUAAAGGAAUUGCGGCACGCGUCAUCAGUUUCCCUUGCCAGCGACUGUUCGAGCAGCAGCCCCUCGAAUACAAGCGCACGGUCCUGCGACGCCACCAAGGUAUCCCGGCUGUGGUGAUCGAGCCAUAUGCGCCGAACGGCUGGGAGCGGUAUGGCGAUGCAGGCAUCAACAUCCGCCGAUUCGGCCACAGUUUGCCGGGCAAGGCUGCAUACAAGUUCUUCGGCUACGAGACCGGAGUAAUGGCGGCCAAGGUGAGCGAUUACCUGGACCGGCUAGAGAAGGGAGAAUGGCAGCGAGGAGAAUUUGUGGAUCUAUAG